UUACUGCGUCCUAAAUCCUGUGCAGAUCUCCCCUGACUUCAGUAGAGGCGGAGUUAAGGGUCAAAGUUUUGCAGAUUUUGGAAUUUUGCUCCUGAAAACUGCGAUCAAGUGCUGCGCUAACCACCGGCAACACUUCUUCUGUCAACAUAAAAGGCCCACCUCAUGUGACCCCUGGGCAAAAUGUCCCGUUUUCUGAGGCAUUUUACUACUGUGGGUGAUGACCAUGACAGCGCUCCGCAGUGGCACGAUGAGGAAGUGCACGAUGCAGGUGAUGACUUUGAGCUGUCAACGGGGCAACAGCUUGGUCAGGUCAGCUUCAGGGACUCCUUGCGGCGGCUAUACAAGGCUGAGAAGUUUCAGAUUGUUGUUGUGUGCCUGGUGGUGUUGGAUGCCAUUUUUGUGCUGUGCGAGUUGCUUAUCGACUUGUCUAUCAUUGAAGCGGAUCAUCACAAAAUAGCCCCGCAGAUAUUCCACUAUCUCAGCCUUUCCCUUCUGACGUUUUUCAUGGUGGAGCUGUGUGGGAAAAUCUUCGCUUUCCGCCUGGAAUUCUUCCGGCAUAAGUUUGAGGUGUUUGAUGGGAUUGUGGUGGUGGUGUCUUUCAUCCUGGAUAUUGUAUACGUCUCAAACGAAGAUGCAUUUGAUGCCAUGGGCCUUCUCAUCUUGCUUAGGCUAUGGAGAGUGGCCAGGAUCAUAAAUGGUAUCAUGGUGUCAGUGAAAAAUCGAGCCCAUCACAAAGUUCAGAAACUGAAGGUGAUCAAUGAAAACCUCGUUCUUCAAAUUAAUGAACUUAAAGACCAGAACACAAAAAUAGAACAGGAAAACACCAGGCUUCAGACCAUCUUGAAACAGCACGAUAUUAAGUACUGAUGCUCGGGGGGCCAGCUGAAUCCUUAUUAAAACACAUCACAUGUUACUGGUAACUUAAGACUGUGGUGUACAUAUGAAAUGUGAAGAAAUGCAUAAUACAAUGCAUUGGGUAUGUUGGCACUCUGUUAUAAGUCUAAAGGCUGGUUCACACCAAAACUUUAAACAUAUGGGGGCAGAUUCGCGGACAGGGUUUAGAUUAAUCCAGGACAAGGCAGGACAAAUUUAAGUAGAUUUUACGAAAAACAUUACUGGUGUGCAUCGUGAGACAAAACAAGGGCCCUGAUUAUGUUUUUUUUAAGAUAUGUCAGUGCAAGCUGAUUACAGUUAGGACAGCUCAAACAUACAUUUUAGUCUGGGAUUAGACUUAAACCAUGUCCAGGAAACUGCCCAGUAAAGUUUUACAGCUAUAACAAUAACGAAACAGAGAAAUAAUAUAAUUAGGAUCACUUUCAGAACGAUUUCUUUUCUAGCUUAUCAAUGACAAAACAUUGACAGCCAAUUAAAAUCUUUUGGAAUUUGAAGCAGUUGUGCAUUUACAAUAAAUAUAAAUAAAAAAAAUUGUGUGUGAACGGGCCUUUAAAGUGCAAAUCUUGCAGAUUUAUAACCAUGAGGGAAUAGUGUUUAUGUACAGUAAAGAGGUCAAAUUUUGUGUGCAAAAAAAGAAAAUCUAUAUACUACACAAAGCGUAUUAUAAUUUAAGAUCAAUAGAUUAUUAUGUGAUUAUUUUUUUAUUCUGAAUCGUCAAAUCGGUAUUACUGUUUUAUCUUUAAAUUGCACUAGCUGCUUUUCUCAGUGUAAAGUGAAUGUGUGUUUCAGAAAAUGAAGGCUAAGUAGUAAAAAACUACACUAUGAAAUGGUGAUAGGCUAAUAUGUUAAUGUUUGUCCAUUUUGAAAUUAUUGGCAUAGGCUGAUAACCAUUGAGCCACGUGGCAUUUUGCUCACGCAACCGUUUCAAAACUUGCCACAGGAUUGUGCACAUUUUGUUUUAAAAUGCAUUUGUGAAUUUUAAGUAUGUAUUAUAAAAGUAAGCAUUUAUUUAACUCGAGUAAAUUUGUGCAUGCCUCAUUUGCUCUGUAUAUGUGCAGCGGGUAAAAUAAGUAUUGAACACGCCACCAUUUUUUUAGUUUUAGUAAAAUAUUUCUAAAGGUGCUGUUGACAUGACAUUUUCUCCAGAUGUCCGGAACAACCCAUACAAUCCACACAUGCAAAUAAAUUAAACCAUAGAUGUACAUAAAUUAAGUUAUGUGUAAUGAGUUAAAAUGACACAGGGAAAAGUGUUGUAGCCCUGGUUUUGCUAAUAGUAAUCAAUACACCAAAAAACCAUGGCUACUACACUUUUACCACAAAAAACAUGCAUGAUUUUUAUAAGGGUAGGUACACACGAAACACAUCCAGGGAAAUCCUCAUAUGGUUUUAGAGAAAGAUAAUAAAUCUGCUAGAAUGGCCCAGCCAAUGACCUGACUUGAAUCCAAUUGAAAAUCUAUAAAAUAACUAAAGCUCAGAUUUCAUAGAAGAGGCUCAAAAAGAUUUAAAGACUUAGACAAAAUCACACCUGAGCAAUGCAUGCAACUAGUUUGCCCAUACAGGAGGUGCCUUUUAUUACAAACAAAGGCUUUUGUUUCAAUUAUUAAAUACAUUUCAGUAAGCAUGAUUUAUGAUCAUCUAUGGUUUAAUAUCUUUGAAUGCGGGGAUUGCAUGGGUUUUACAACAUCUGGUAAAAAUGUUAUGUCAAAAGCACCUUUAGAGAUAUCUUAACUGAGAAAUAUGGUGACGUGUUCAAUACCCGCAGUUUGCAUCAGCCAUUAAAAAACCCAUUUUAGUAAACCAUUCUUUAUUAAAAAAUUGUGCAUAUGAUGAGGGCAUUAUAUACAAUACUUAUUACUAGACAAUAAAUAUACAUUAUGUACAAGUAUGAUAUGAAGUACUUAUAAUCCUCGUCCAUCUAUCAACAUAGCACCUGUUAUAAAAUCAUCUUACUGUUAGACAUCGUUUUCUGAAAAGCAGCCCUAAUCAGAGGCUGAAAUGUCUUAUAACAUGGUUUUAAAAUAUGUGAUGGUGUUUUUCAGUAGUGCAAUAAAGAAACUGAAAUGUUCUUGACAAA